GUAAUAAGGAAGUCCAGUGAUGUGCUUUCCAAAGGACUGGCUGCAUUAGUGUUUACAUAGAACAUGUUUUUAAAUUCUUUUCGCUUUUAGAUAUUUCUGGUUAAAGGCAAAUGACAAAAGUACUGGCGAUGUCAAAAUAGAUCUUUUUGCACCACAUAAAAAAAUGUUUUAAAAAGAAAAAUAUGAUAGAUUUGCUUUUUCGUGUUGUUCGUUAAUGUCUAUACUUCGUGUGUUAAUGUAAAAUGCAAAAAUCAACGAUGACGGCAAUUUUAAAUCGGUCCAUUUAUAUUCAGAGUUUAUCGAUGUUAAUAACGUUUAGUUUAUUUUUGCAAUGCCAAACCGAAGAACCGAGACUAGGCAAAAUGAAAGAAGAAACUGACAGCUCAUUUAAGAAUAAAGCACAACUUUCCGACAAGGGGUCAGGUUUAAACAGCAUUUCUACCCAUAGCGGACAGGUUCCUCCAGGGGGGCACAAUGAUACACAAGAUGUAGCCAAUAUAACAAUCCAAACAACAACAAUAGCAAAUCGAGUGACAGCAGUGGUACCCCCAACCCAGCCUAAACCCAUUCUGCCAGUGCAAACUGGAGUUCAAGCUCAAGAGGAGGAACAGUCCAGUGGAAUGACAAUUUUCUUUAGUCUGUUAGUAAUUGGUAUAUGUAUUGUGUUAGUGCAUCUACUCAUUAAGUAUAAGCUGCAUUUCCUGCCUGAGAGUGUGGCAGUAGUGUCUUUGGGCAUCUUGAUGGGAGCUGUCAUAAAAAUCAUUGAGUUCCAAGAGCUUGCAAAUUGGAAGGAAGAGGAGAUGUUUCGACCAAAUAUGUUCUUUCUUUUGUUGCUUCCACCUAUAAUUUUUGAAUCUGGAUAUUCUUUGCAUAAGGGUAACUUCUUCCAGAACAUAGGCUCUAUCACACUUUUUGCUGUCUUUGGAACAGCCAUUUCUGCUUUUAUUGUGGGAGGAGGAAUCUAUUUCCUUGGACAGGCGGAUGUUAUUUACAAGAUGACAAUGACAGACAGUUUUGCAUUUGGUUCUUUAAUAUCAGCUGUGGAUCCUGUUGCAACCAUUGCUAUUUUCAACGCACUGAAUGUUGACCCUGUCCUAAACAUGUUGGUAUUUGGAGAGAGCAUUCUCAAUGAUGCAGUUUCCAUUGUUCUUACAAACACGGCAGAGGGCCUCACCCGCUCUGAUAACAUUGAUGUCAAUGGUUGGCAGACUUUUCUUCAGGCCCUAGGCUACUUCCUGAAAAUGUUUUUUGGCUCUGCAGCUUUAGGAACCCUCACUGGCCUCAUUUCAGCACUUGUUUUAAAACACUUUGACUUGCGGAAAACACCCUCACUGGAGUUUGGUAUGAUGAUCAUCUUUGCAUAUCUGCCUUAUGGAUUAGCUGAGGGAAUUAAGCUUUCUGGUAUCAUGGCCAUCCUGUUUUCAGGAAUUGUGAUGUCUCACUAUACACAUCACAAUCUUUCUCCCGUAACCCAAAUUUUAAUGCAGCAGACACUGCGAACUGUCGCCUUUAUGUGUGAAACAUGUGUCUUUGCAUUUCUGGGCCUUUCUAUAUUCAGCUUUCCACACAAGUUUGAGAUCUCAUUUGUAAUCUGGUGCAUUGUACUGGUUUUGCUGGGCCGAUUAGUGAAUAUUUUCCCUUUAUCUUUCCUUCUGAACUUCUUUCGGGAUCACAAAAUUACUCCAAAGAUGAUGUUCAUCAUGUGGUUUAGUGGUUUGCGUGGGGCCAUCCCAUAUGCGUUAAGUCUCCACCUUGGUUUAGAGCCUAUUGAAAAACGACAGCUAAUUGGAACUACUACUAUUGUGAUUGUUCUCUUUACCAUUUUGCUGCUUGGUGGAGGCACAAUGCCACUCAUUAGGCUGAUUGACAUUGAGGACUGCAAGAGUCGACGAAAAAACAAGAAAGACAUCAACCUAAGCAAGACUGAAAAAAUGGGCAAUGCUAUUGAGUCAGAGCACCUCUCUGAGCUCACAGAGGAAGAGUAUGAAGCACAGUUUAUACAAAGGCAUGAUCUGAAAGGCUUCUUGUGGUUCGAUGCCAAGUACCUAAACCCUUUCUUCACACGUCGGCUCACACAAGAGGACCUGCGUCAUGGAAGAAUCCAGAUGAAAACUCUAACUAAUAAGUGGUAUGAGGAAGUGCGGCAAGGACCGUCUGGCUCCGAGGAUGAGGACGAUGAAACAGAAUUACUGUGAACUAAGUAAUAAUUGUGUAUUUUCUACUGUAUAGAUAAAAGCUGUGAAAUAUAAAUAUAUAAAUUA